UUACUUCUAGGAAACAAAAAUGAUUUUCUAGGAAUUUGGCCAAACAGAUACUUAGUAAUUGACGAAACGUUUGGUUGAGUAUUGCCAACGACUCAAUGAGUCACAUGUCUAUCGCCCAGUGGCUCAUCAAAUAAACGUUUGGUUGAGUAUUGCCAGUGCGUCACAUGUCAUUGUCUAUCGGCCAGUGCCUUAUCGAACUUAAUCUCAACUUUCCUCAUGAUUUUCUCCGCCUCGAUUCGAACCUCUGACCUCAACUUCAGACAGAAGAAGAGCAAAAUCUCCUGAGUUCCACCACCGCAACGUGGCAGCGCUUGAACUCCACGCACCGCCAAAUUCAGCAAACCCUAAAACCCUCAAGAAACCACAACAAUGGAGGUCGAAAUCAUCCACCAACAAUUAACAGAUAACGACGAGAAUAAGAAGAAGAAAAAGAAGAGAGGAGAGCGAAAAACAAGGAAAGCUGAAACAGCAGUAGCAGCAGCAGCAACAGCUGUACCACCUUUGAUUGAGGGUACACCUGCUACUACCAGUACGAGCGACGAUAAUGCUGGUGUUAAAGUGUCGAUGUUUGAUUAUAGUGUUGAGAAUCAUUUUAGGGCAAUUGAUAUGAUCUACAAGCUUUGUGGUGAAGGGGGAAAUGGUUUUGUUGAUGCUGAGAUUGAACGCCUAGCUUCUACGAUAACUUUCCUGAGUGAGUGGCGAUAUUUCAAUUACAAUCCGAGAACUAUUCGCUUUGUGUCUGAAACAGGACGGCCCCAUGGGAUUGAAGCUCAUAAUGAGAUAACUUUAUCUCAAUUUUCAGCUGCUAUGGUGCCAAAGUGUGAUAUGGAGGCAGAACAAGUUCCCAAUGCUGUGUUGUCUACCGAUUCCAGGAAAGAUUUUGUAUUAUAUGUUGGUGGGCUAGUUUGGUCACUGGAUUGGUGUCCCAGGACAGAUCAAGGAAUAGACUCUGGUACAAAAAUUGAGUUUAUUGCUGUUGCUGCCCAUCCUCCUGAUUCAACGUACCACAAGCUAGGAGAUCCACAUAAUGGCAGAGGGAUGAUUCAGAUUUGGUGUCUAUUAAACUCUACAGAAAAGGAAGUUAUACAAGCUCCUUUAGGAAGCAUAAAAAAGAAAUAUCAAAAGAAUAAGGUUGCAAACAUGGGAGAGAGUAAAGUCAGUAAACCUGUGAGGCCUAGAGGAAGACCUAGAAAGUAUCCAAUAGAGAAAACUCCUGCAAAAGAUCCUGAAGGUCCAAUCAGUCAAGCUCUUGUCAUUCAGCUUCCAGAAAAUACAUCAGAGGUGCCUGCUGCUGAUGAAACAAUGCUGAGCACUCAUGCCUCCCAGGACAUAUUAACUCCCAUCAGUAAAACAAAAGAAAAAUGUCUUAUUGUGGUUUCAAAGGAGGAAACUAAACAAAAGAAACCCAGAGGAAAAACCAGAAAAAGUGCAAUAAAGAAUUCUUUGAUUGAGACUGAAAGCCAGUUUAUUCCGGCUCUUGGUGUUCAGCUUCCAGAACAUUCAUUUAAUGUGCCUCUUGCGAAUGAAAAUAUCAUGAAUGACCCUUCUCCAAAAAAGGGAAAGCAAAGGAAAAGGAAAGCUGUCUGUAAUGAAAAGAGUACAAUGGAUGAAUUUUCUGUAAUUCCCAAUUCCGAAGGGCCAUCUUUUCAAGCUCUUGCUAUUGAGUAUCCAGAAAGUACGGAUAACAUUUCCCAAACUGAAGAUAACUUAUCGAAUGCUUCAGUGGUUCUGGAAGAAGCUGGUGAAAGGCGUACCAAUAAAAGAGUGCAAGCAACUGACAUGAAUUGCACUCUUGCAGUGUAUAAGAGAAGGUCGAAAAACAAGUCCAAAGUAGGUAAUUACUUAGACCAUGACAACAGUGGUUUACCAACUCAAAACGUGGGUGAGGGACCUUCUCUCGCAAGUAUAGAAGAAUAUUACUUUCAAGAAGAUAAUAUGGUGUCAAAAGUAGAUGCUGUUGGUGAGAAUCUCUCAGAUCUGGGUUCUGUUGGUGGUCAUAUCCUAAAGGAUGUUGUUCUCCCUAGAGUUGUCUUGUGCCUGGGUCAUGAUGGAAAGGUUGCUUGGGAUGUGAAAUGGCGGCCUCCUAAUGCUGAUGAGUCUGUUAACAAGCAUAGAAUGGGCUAUCUUGCUGUUGUUCUUGGGAAUGGAUCUGUGGAAGUGUGGGAUAUUCCUUCUCCUCAAGUAAUUAAUCGUAUUUAUGCAUCUCGACAUCCAAAGAGUGCAGUGCCUCGAGAUCCUCGCUUUGCAAAACUUAAGCCAGUAUUUCGAUGUUCCGUAAUACAGUAUGGUGAUAGACAGAGUAUGCCUUUGACUGUGGAAUGGUCAGCUUCCCCUCCACACGAUUUGAUAUUGGCUGGAUGCCAUGAUGGAGUGGUUGCUUUGUGGAAGUUUUCUGUAGAUGUUCCGUCUGAAGAUGCCAGACCUCUGCUGUGCUUUAGUGCAGAGACAGGUCCUAUUAGAGCCCUUACUUGGGCCCCAUAUGAAGGUGACCGGGAGAGCACAAAUAUAAUUGUCACUGCUGGGCAUGGAGGACUGAAGUUCUGGGACCUGCGUGACCCGUUCCGGCCUUUGUGGGAUGCAAAUCCUUCACAGCGUUUCAUAUAUGGUCUUGACUGGGUGCCAGAUCCAAGAUGUCUCCUUGUAUCAUAUGAUGAUGGAACAUUACGGAUGCUUAGUUUAUCUAGAGCUGCAUAUGAUGUUCCCGUUACUGGACAGCCUUUUACUGGAACUCAGCAACAAGGAUUGCACAGUUAUCAUUGCUCAUCAUUUGCCGUAUGGAACAUUCAUGUGUCCCGAUUAACAGGGAUGGUUGCAUAUUGCUGUGCAGAUGGAACUGUUCUCUAUUUUCAGCUAACACAUAAAGCAGUGGAUAAAGAUCCGUUGAGAAAUCGGGCCCCACAUUUUCUGUGUGGGUCAUUGACAAGUGAAGAAUCAGCAGUCGCAAUGAACACUCAACUAUCAAGUUUUCCACAGCGAAUGAAGAAGUCAGCAACUGAAUGGUCAAAUACACCUAGACCUGCACGAACCGUUGCAUCUGGUUUAAAUCAGGCAAAAAGGAAUAGAAAAGGGACUGAAAAGUUCCAAAAAGUAGAUGAUCCGGUUCUUGCAUUGUGUUAUGGUGAUGAUACUGGAAAAGAAGACACAAAUGAGGCUGAAACGAGUACGAGCGUGCAAGAAGGUAGCAAAGGAAAAACGGGGAAUUCAAGGAAAGGCAAUGAUGAUCAGGUAUUGAUAUGCCCUGUUGGAAAUGGGGAGAAUAUGAAUGGGAAAGCUGAGGUUAAACAGGAAGUAGCUGCUGAAAUGGAAGUUCUUCCUCCAAAGGUUGUCUCUAUGUAUAAAGUUAGAUGGAAUAUGAAUAAGGGAAGUCAAAGAUGGUUGUGCUAUGGAGGAGCAGCCGGAAUAGUGCGGUGUCAAGAGAUUGUUGCUCCUGAGUUUGAUAAGAAACUUUUAAGGAGGUAAACUCCAUGGUAUAAUUCUGGUGUAGUCUUACAGAGUUGUAAUUUUGUACAUAAUAUAAGAACUAGUCUAUGCUGAUUUAGGAUCUCGGGUCUCCUCUUUCAUAAUAUAACGAUAAAUGAUAUUCCUCCGCG